GUAUAAAUGAAAAAACAUCUCAGCCAUCACUACUGACUGUGAAUCUCACUGCAACCAUGCUGGCCUCAGGGAUGCUUCUGGUGACUCUGCUGGCCUGCCUGGGUUUAUUGGCGUUGAUGUCUAUCUGGAAAGAGAGGAAGUUCUGGGGAAAGCUGCCUCCUGGGCCCACCCCACUGCCCUUCAUUGGGAACUACCUGCAGCUGAACACAAAGAAGAUGUACAGAUGCCUCACGCAGAUGAGCAAGCACUAUGGCCCAGUGUUCACCAUCUACCUUGGGCUUCGCCGGGUAGUGGUGCUGUGUGGAUAUGAUGUAAUAAAGGAGGCUCUGGUGGAUCAGGCUGAGGAUUUUAAUGGGAGAGGCGAACAGGUCACCUUCAACAGGCUCUUCCAAGGCUAUGGCGUGACAUUCAGCAACGGGGAGCGGUCCAAGCAACUUCGGCGUUUCUCCAUUGCUACACUGAGGGACUUUGGUGUGGGCAAACGUAGCAUUGAGGAGCGAAUCAAGGAAGAAGCAGGAUACUUCGUCCAGGCUAUUCAGGCCACACGUGGAGCCUUCAUUGAUCCCACCUUCUACCUGAGUAAAACAGUCUCCAAUGUCAUGAAUUCCAUAGUCUUUGGAGAGCGCUUUGACUAUGAGGACAAAGAAUUCCUCUCACUGCUACAAAUGACGACAACAGUCAAGAAAUUUAUAGCGUCGCCUCUGGGACAGCUCUAUGAGAUAUUUUUUGCAGUGAUGAAGCAUUUGCCAGGACCACAGCAAGAGGUCUUUAAGGAGAUGCAGAGGCUGGAGGACUAUAUGAUUAAGAAGGUGAAGCAGAACCAGUGCACAUUGGAUCCCAAUGCCCCACCACGGGACUUCAUUGACUCCUUCCUCAUCCGCAUGCAGGAGGAGAAGAAGAAUCCCAACACAGAGUUCCACAUGAAGAACCUGGUGAUGACCACACUGAGCCUAUUCUUUGCAGGCACAGAGACCGUCAGUUCAACUCUGCGCUUUGGCUUUCUGCUGUUCAUGAAGCACCCGGAUGUGCAGGCCAAGAUCCAUGAAGAGAUUGACAGAGUGAUUGGAAAGAACCGACAACCCCAAUUCGAGGACCGGGUGAAGAUGCCCUACACAGAGGCAGUGAUACAUGAGAUCCAAAGAUUUGCAAACUUUGCCCCCAUGGGUAUACCUCGCAGGAUCAGCAAGGACACCACAUUUCGGGACUUCUUCAUUCCCAAGGGCACUGAAGUGUUCCCUAUGCUGGGUUCUGUACUGACAGAUCGCAAUUUCUUCUCCAACCCAGAAGAUUUCAACCCACAGCACUUCCUGGAUGAGAAGGGCCAGUUUAAAAAGAGUGAUGGUUUUAUACCCUUUUCCAUUGGAAAGCGGAACUGCUUUGGGGAAGGACUGACUAGAAUGGAGCUCUUUCUCUUCUUCACCAUCAUCAUGCAGAACUUUCGGUUCAAGUCCUCACAAGCACCUGAGGAUAUCUAUGUGUCCCCGACACCCUUGGGCUUUACCAGGGUUGUGCCAAAUUACACCAUGAGCUUCCUACCACGCUGAUCCAGGAGUGAGAUAGGGCUCACUAGGGCAAGUUGGUGCUGAAGGGAAAAAUGGAGGCACCAUGAGUGGGCCUAGUGGUAGGGGUAUGGCCAAGGAAACUGACCAAUAUUCCACAGAAAUGAAAGGUCAAG